AUGUCUGGAACUACUACUGCUCCUGCUCAGACUCGGACCAACAACCAGAACGGUGCGCCACGUGGAAGGAGGAUGAACCGUCGAGGGGGAGGCAGGGGAGGUGCUGCUGGAGGUGGCGGAGGACGCGGAAACAACUCUACUUCGAAGAAGGAUGCCCCCGGGUCUGCAGCUGAUGCUGAAGCGAAGGAGAAGGAUGUUGCUAAGGAGGAAGAGACCAAGGCGGCUGCAGCAGCCGAAGAGGUGGACGAUAGUAAGAUCUGCUGGAUCUGCGCCGAACCCGUCAAGUAUUUCUCGGUCUCGGAGUGCAACCAUCGCACUUGUCAUGUCUGUGCUCUACGACUCAGAGCGUUAUACAAGAAGCUAGACUGCACAUUUUGCAAGGAACCUCAACCGACUGUGAUAUUCACAGUAUCAGCGGAUGCUCCAUUUUCGUCCUACUCUCCCAAUGACAUACCCUACAAAGACUCCAAGCUCUCCAUCUCGUUUGAGACUCAGGAGAUGAUGGAGGAGACCCUCAUUCUUCUCCGGUUUAAUUGCCCGGACCUGACUUGUGAUUAUAUUGCGACUGGUUGGAACGACCUGAAGCUUCACGGCCGUGGAGUGCAUGGACGACUUAUGUGUGACAUCUGUCUCCGCCAAAAGAAAGUCUUCUCGCACGAGCACGUCCUUUACCCGCCAAAUCUGCUUCCCAUACAUCUGCCCUCCGUACCUCAUCGGGGCCUAAAGCAGGCCCCACCAACUCAGCAAAUAGAAGGAGGGAUACAUCCUCUGUGUGAGUUCUGCCGGGAGUGUUUCUUCGGGGACGACGAGCUGUAUUCGCACAUGCGAGAGCGACACGAAGAGUGCUUCAUUUGCAAGCGUAAUGAAGUCAGAGACCAAUAUUUCAAGAACUACGAAGCCUUAGAGAAACAUUUCAACAACGCCCAUCAUCCAUGCCUUAAUUCCUCUUGUCAAGCCCGAAAAUUCGUCGUCUUCAAUUCAUUACUGGACCUGCAAGCCCACAUGGUCGAAGAGCACGGCGCCGAGAUGUCGUCUCGUCAACAAAAAGAUGCCCGUCGCAUCAACGCAGGUUUCGAAUUCCAGGACCACAAUGUUCCAGGAUCGGGCGGUAGACGAAGGCCUCCGCGAGAUCGGGAGCCGCCACCGGACUCACAACAGCCUGGACCUGGACCUGGCUCUGGAAGACAGGGCGGCGGAGGAGGUGGGAAUAGCAGGAGGGAUAGGUUUGGAGGGCAGUUGACGGUAGAAGGCGAUUCGAGUGCGAAUCAUUCUGCAGCUCCCAGUCGACGGCAGACGCCUUCGCCUCCGCCAGCUGAUAUGGAUCCCGUCACCGCUGAACGGUACACGGGGCUCCUUGCCAGGCUCAGAAGUGUCGCUCCUAAUCCUACGAAUGCCGUGGCGGCAGUCAAGCUGUCUCUACGUUCCUUCCGUGCCUCCGAAUCUGCACCACGAGACCUCAUCUCGACUGUGUGGAAUAUCCUAGACCGUGACUUGGACAACACCGCUAGUAUCGUCAAUAUUCUUGUCGACAUUCUAGACGACGAGGAAAAGAAAUCGGCUUUACUGAGCGCCUGGAAUGGGUUCAAACUCGAGCAACGACGCCAGUUCCCUGACCUCGUCCCGACCUCAGUAGGUACGGAUUGGGCGGGAAUAACAGGUGGCCGAGUCCUCAGUGCCAAGACCGUCACCUCGACCCGCUCAUCGAACCAAACAUCACGCUCCGUCCUCGACCGUGUCGCUCAAGCCGCCGGCUCCUCCUCAUCCUCUACUGGUCCUCGUGCGGGUCCUUCAUCCGCUGGUCCCUCGAACGGACGUGCCUCAGCCUUCCCCGCCCUUCCAUCCUCUUCCAUCACCUCAACACCUAUCCGUCCUACUCCUACUCCUCCAGUCGUGCCAGGUUCAGGAUUUAGACAAGCGCAGCGUAACACAGCAUGGAGCGCUACGGCAUCGGGAAACGCACCACCACCGCCCGCACCGACCCAAACCCAACGCCCUGUGAGUAUCCCCGCUGGACCUUCGGCACAAUCGUUGAGGAACAAUGGGAGACAGGCAGGUCCACAGGCCCCUCCGCCGAAGUUGAACACUUCUGUGUUCCCGGAAUUGCCGAGUGCGGGACAGCAGAAGGUGAAGGUGACGGGGAAUAAUGGGAGUCUGAGCAGAAUAUUGGGAAGUACGGCGCCGACGACGUCGGCUUGGGAAAGGAGUGGUGGGGGCGGUGAGACUAGUAGUGGCCGCGUUGGGAACGCGGAGACGAAUGGACAGGAGAGUGCAGGAUCUGCGGCUGCGGCUGGUGGGAAGAAGAAGGGGAAGGGGAAACAGAAGCAGACGUUGUUUACGCUUGGGUCGUUCCCGAGUUAG